AUGCACCCAAAUGAUGGCCGUGUAGUAAGUAACUUCAUCAUUCAGGCGCUCACCAAGUCACCCAUUACCAUAUAUGGCGAUGGGGAGCACACCCGGUCGUUCCAAUACGUGGAGGACCUCGUGGACGGUCUCAUCGCUCUCAUGAACAGUGACUACGACCAACCCGUCAAUCUGGGCAAUCCAGACGAGUACUCCAUCAAACACUUUGCAGAGACCAUUGUGGAGAUUGUGGGCAACAAAGUCCCAAUCACUCACCUGGCUGCACCGGUGGACGACCCACAGCGCAGGAAACCAGACAUCGGGGUGGCGAGAAGG